AAGGUGCUUGGGCGCGAGCACCCCGACACGCUCGGUAGCGUGUACUGCCUUGCUCACCUACUUGCGACGCUUUAUGACUAUAGAGAAUCCCUUGAUCUAUAUAGCAGAGCGUGUGACGGGUAUAGCGUUGUUCUUGGAGAGCACCACCCCACUACCCGAGCAUGU